GUGUGAUUAUCGUACAUGAUGCAUACGUAUAAAAUUUGGUGUCUCUGCAAGAUAUUCCGUCGUGUAAGACUGAGGGGAACGGCUUAUGGGAUCUGUACCUGGAGAGAAAGUUUGAAUUGUUUAGCAUGCACUUAAUUGUAAGUUUAAAAAUUCAGAUGCUAAAAAUGUAUUUCAUAUCUAUGUUCAUAAACAGCAAUAUAUUGACACACAAUGACACGUGUAGUGAGUGAUUAAGACAUUGAUCAAUAUAUAUAUAGGUAUACCUAUACACCUGUCACCUCAUUAACCCCGUACCUGUAAUGAUUUCUCUUUGUGGCAUUUUCCCCGGAUGAAUAUCGCCUUAUGGCCGUGUCAAUGACAAGGUGAUAAAUUAUUGAAAAUAGUUGACCACAUGAUUAUGUUUUUAAAUGCCCUAUAGAGAAAUGCAGUGGAUGCUCAAAUGAAAUAAAUCAUUAGAAGCUGAAAAUAAAUUAAUCUCACUGUUCAAACAAUCCAAAUCAAAGUUACAUAAUAUUAUGUCUCUGGUUCUAAGGGUAUAAUCAUUUGCGAUUCAAUUUGUUCAAUAUUUCUUAAAAUACAAUAUUAAUCUACAUGUACAUGCAUGUGGAUUUCUUAAAAGAAUGCUAAUAAUUAUAAAUUUAGAUCACACUAAUUAUUCUUAUUGUCCGAAAUUACCUCCGUUGAGAGAACCCCCGAUAUUGAAUCUCCCGUCAAUCAGUUACCUGAAGGCGGUGCUGUGUGACGUCACGCAAGGUAGCUGUUGUUUUGUGUAGAAAUGUGAACAAACAUGACGGAGCGAACUAUCGAAGGCGAUGAAUGUGUUUGAAAUACAAAUUAGUGGAUUUUUGCGAAGUGAUACAAACACAGAAAUUAUGAAGAUGAGGUGAAAUUAUGAUCAUUAUGUGGAUUUACUAAAAACCGAAGGACUGAUGUGAAGUUUCUUAUCCAUUCUCAGGUGUAGUAUACGUACAGCGACCAUGCUCUGGAGUGUGUCAACAUAAAAGGGACAAAAUCCGAAAAGCAAUGUGUACAUAGUCUUCGAAAACUACUGUUACUAAAUACUGUGAGGAAAAUUGUAAUCCUUUAACGAGGUUUUUACACCAAAAAUUUCUUCUCGAGGAUUUGUGAAAGUGAUAAUGGGUGCUGUUCAAAGCAAGUAUUAAAGAUGGAAAUAUCGGGAAUUUUCGAAUGUGCCAAAUGUGGUCAUACCCCGGCGCGGAAAAGAUGGACAGUAAUAGUGCUGGUUGUGCUGCAGUUCUUAGUGACAUAUGCCCAGGGACAAGGGCCAGGCACAAACUUUUCGGUAUUCGAGGGGCGACCCCCAGGUACUUUUGUAGGAAAUUUGAUAGUCCAGACUUCAUAUUCAUAUACCUUCAAUGAAGCACAGCCAUACUUUUCACUAAAUCCCACGACUGGUGAAAUAUCCACCAAAAUUGAAAUAGAUAGAGAAUUAUUGUCAUCAGAUCGACUCAAUAUUCUUGUGAUUGGUCGUCCCCCAGGAAACCUAUCACAAAUUCCCAUUGAUAUCUACAUUACGGUGCUAGACAUAAAUGACAAUUCACCCACUUUUCCACAGAGUCCAGUCCAAAGGGACAUUUCGGAGAAGGCUAACAUUGGGUAUAAAAUCAGACUCGAUACUGCCAUAGACAGAGACAUAAAAAGGAAUGGCAAUGUUACACUUUACGAAAUAGUGAAAAAUGAUGACAAUAAAUUUAUAACAGUAUUUGAUCCCUCAAAAUUUGGACAAGUCUUGUAUUUAGAACUUAUUUCGGGACUAGAUCGGGAAGAAAAAGAUUCUUAUGAAUUAACUAUCCGCGCGUCUGAUCAAGGUGAAAUGCCUUUGUAUGGAGACUUAGUUGUAAAAAUUUAUGUCACAGACACCAACGAUAACCCACCAAUUUUCUCACUGAGUCAAUACACAGCAACAGUGAAUGAAAGCUCCCCAAUAGAUACCCUUGUGAUUCGAGUAGAUGCAACUGACGAUGAUGUCGGAGAAAAUGGAAAUGUAUUUUAUACAAUGACUGACGAAUCGCAACAGUUUAAAAUUGAUGAACGAACUGGAGAAAUUCGUACCACUCGGACGCCCUUGCUCUGCCAGACUGUGUGUGGGGGAGCGCAACCUUGCUCGUCAACUGGAUGCAUCUCUCUGACAUUGGAGGCUCGAGAUGGUGGAAAUCCAUCACUAAAUGGUCGAGCUUAUGUAACCGUCAGUAUCACAGAUGAAAAUGACCAUGCACCAACCAUCAAUAUAGUUCACCAGGGCUCAGUAAAAAAUUACGUAUCUGUGAAUGAAACUGCUAAAAAUGGCGAUUUCAUCGUAGCCAUUACAGUGAGUGAUGCAGACACAGGAAUGUCAGCCAACAUAUCAUCGGUGAAAAUUAUCACAGGAAAUGAACUCAACCAUUUUAAACUUUUUUCAAGUUUUCAAAACAAAUUUAAUGCAUUGCUAGUAAAUGUGGAUAGUUUAGACAGAGAGAGAGUAGACAUGUAUAAUCUUACCAUUCAAGCAGUAGACAUGGGGUCCCCUCCUAAAACCGGAACCAAAAGUCUAGUUGUUGUUGUGGCUGAUGUGAACGAGUUUCCACCAAAUUUCUUUCAGAAACAGUAUGUGGCAAAUGUCCUUGAGACCUUGCCUGUUGGGAGCUUUAUUGCUAACCUGGUAGCAGAAGACAAAGAUUCCGGAAUCAAUGCUCAGUUGACCUACAGAAUUGUGUCUGGAAAUACAUUGGGCUGGUUCAAAAUCAAUUCACAGACUGGACUAGUGAUACUGAACAAGCGUCUGAAAUACAAUCUGGCCACAGAAGUUGUUAUGAACAUCUCAGCUCAAGAUGGAGCAAGUGUUCCUCUCAUAAGUUACACCAAAUUGACGGUAAGAAUCAGUGAUGAAAAUGAUGUAACGCCGACAUUUAGCCAGUCCUCUUACCAAGUCCAUUUGCGAGAGGGACAGCAGUUGGGAACAGAGGUACUGCAGCUGACAGCAGUGGACACAGACACUGGAGUCAAUGGAACAGUGGACUAUAGCUUUCACCAGGAAGUUCAAGAACUGUAUCCAAACACAUUUAGUGUACAAUCUCAAACUGGCAGGGUCAUCACACUAAAGAGACUGGACAGAGAAACCAUCAGUUACUAUGUUAUCCGAGUGAUUGCAAGAGAUCAGUCUGUUCUGCCUUUGUCAUCUACUGCUACAAUCCUCCUCACAGUGGAUGAUGAAAAUGACAAUGUGCCCAUAUUUUAUCCACAAAAGUACUUUGCUAAUAUACUGAGAUCAGCUUCCUCAGGUACAAAAGUUGUGAAAGUGAAAGCUGUUGACCCAGAUCUGGGAGAGGGUGGCAGAAUAUAUUAUGCCUUAGCAAAUGACUACUCACAAUUUGUGCUGGAUACAAACACUGGCUGGAUCAGUACCACAAAUGUAUUUGAGAGUUCAACCCUUCAGAAUUACUCCUUGCAAGUAACCUGCAGAGACACAAAUACUGUGCACAGGGCAGCCGUGAAUGCUGUUGUAAAAAUAACAGUUGUAACAUCUCUAAACUCUUUGCCAGUAUUAACCAGGGACCCAUACCAGUUUACAGUAAUGGAAAAUCUUCCUGAGAACCAGUUUGUUGGGUCAGUAGCAGUGUCUAGUAGUGGUACUCCAUCUUAUGCUAUCACUGAUGGGGAUUACAAUGGCAAUUUCAAAAUUGACGAACAGCAAGGGGAAAUACGUACAACCAGAUCACUGGAUCGAGAAAAUAUUCCCCAGUAUGAACUCAGUGUAACUGCAACAGGUCAAGGUGGUUCAGCAAAUGUCAAGGUCAUUAUAACAGUGCAGGAUAAGAAUGAUAACACACCAGAAUUUAAAUAUAAUUUCGUUGACAUUGAACUUCCUGAGAACAGUGCUGUGGGCCAUGAAGUUUACUAUGCUUUUGCUAGAGAUGAGGAUUCUGGUGCCAAUGGUGUUGUGUCUUACACACUAACUACUAAUACCAACUUAUUCAAAGUCAAUCCAAACACAGGAAUGAUCACCUUGACACGACUUUACCAGAAGGUCUAUGGUUCCAAAUUCAAUUUGACGGUUACUGCCUCAGAUUCAGGAUCCUCUCCAAGUAGUGCAUCCAUGGUUGUGCAAGUCCAUAUUACAGAUGUCAAUGACCACAACCCAGUGUUUCCCAAAAUGGACUAUGCCAUAACUCUGGAGGAAUCCACUCUGGUUAACACUCAGUUUCACACCCUCACCGCCACAGACUCUGACUCAGGCAGAAAUGCUGACCUGAUCUAUAACAUCACACGAGGAAAUGGGGAUGGGAAAUUUGGAAUCUUUCCUGAUGGAAAACUGUACAUUGCUAAGCAACUGGAUAGGGAAACAAGAGACCUGUAUAAAUUGACUAUCAUGGCAGAGGACCAUGGUGUUCUCAUCAGAACUUCAGAGGUGAAUGUCACCAUCCAUAUCCUGGACAGUAAUGACAACAGACCCAGAUUCCUCAACCAGACGUACUCUUUUUACGUGUCUGAAAACGAUCGUCCUGGACAGAAGAUUGGGGCUGUGAAAGCCUCAGAUGCGGACAUAGGUAGAAAUGCAGAACUUGCUUUCUUACUAGCAGAAGAUCAGGACAAUUUCACCAUUGAUUUCCAGACUGGAGAAAUCACAACUCUGAAGACAUAUGAUAGAGAGGCUCUGAUAGCUGAGACUGGGAAGGAUUACUACAGUGUUGAUGUGACUGUGAUAGAUAAUGGUGUCAGGAGACAAGAAGAUACAGUAAUUGCGCACAUCUAUAUUUUGGAUCAAAAUGACAACCCGCCUCAGUUUGAUAAAGACAUCUACAGAACAUCAGUGAAAGAGAACCUGGCUAAGUAUUCAUUUGUGUACAAAGUAAGUGCAACAGACUUAGAUGUGGAGGAAAAUGCAGCUCUUACCUACACAAUUAUUGAUGGAGAUACUGAUGAGAUGUUCAACAUAAACCCAGUAACUGGGCAAAUCUCCCUGAAUGGAAACCUAGACACCGAGACUCUUGAUCUGUAUAGUUUGAAAGUACUAGCUGCAGACAAUGGCAAAUCCAAAACAUUCACUGCCACCGCCACAGUCAUCAUUAACAUCCUAGACAUCAAUGAUAACACCCCACUUUUCCAUCUUACUGUGUAUGAAGUCAAUAUCCCAGAGAACACCAAACUUGGAGAAAAGUUGAUUCAGGUCACAGCAGAUGACACAGAUCUGGGCAUCAAUGCCGAGAUUGAGUACUCUUUGAAUGGAUCAGAUGGGACAUUUGUAUUGGACAGUCAUAAUGGAAACCUGUACCUAGCCAAACUAGUGGACUUUGAGACAAAGCAAUUAUAUAGUCUCAAAGUCAUCGCUACAGAUAAAGGUGAUCCAAGGUUGUCCUCAGAGGCUGAUUUAAAUGUUCGGAUCAUGGAUGUCAAUGAUAAUUCUCCCAAGUUUGUUACUGAUUUCAGCGUAUUGUCAAUUUCGGAAAGUACCGAGCAGUUUACUACUAUUGGACAGAUCUCUGCCAAUGAUAAAGACAAUGGUUUAAAUGGACAUAUUGAGUACCACAUCAUCAGCCAAGAUCCUCCUGGAAACAAUUUCUACAUCAACAAAAAUGAUGGGAGACUGCGUUUGGAGACCCCACUGAACAGGGAGAAAGUUUCCUUGUAUAUGUUGACUGUUGUUGCCACAGAUUUAGCCCCCAAUUCCAGUCAGCGUCUUACUUCAGAAAAAACAUUUUCCAUUCGUGUUCUAGAUGAAAAUGACAAUGACCCAAUCUUAAGAAGUGCACCAGCAAUCAAAAUACAGUACCCUACAAGUCAAGGUCAUAUUGGGACUAUACUUGCCUCUGAUCCGGAUUUUGGCAGUAAUGGAACUAUUGUAUUUCAGCUCAUGAGUGAUGCAGAAAUAAACAGCAAGUUUAAUUUGGACAGUAGACUUGGGAAACUCUACCUGACAAAAAACCUGCCUCAGCAUCCUACAAUGUACAAGCUAAAUGUCCAGAUUUCAGAUGAAGGACGUCCUGCUCGGACCACAACUGUCACCAUCACUGUGAUACUGGUUCAGAGUGAUGGUACUGGUACAGGACCUCCAUUCAGAAACACUCCGUACAUGUUCUCUAUUAGGGAAAAUGUGAACGCUUCUGUGAAUUCCAUUUUAAGUCCAGAAGCUAAUGUGGAAUUUUAUAUUGUGGAUACAAAAUCUUCGCUCAUGAAUGUUGGAUAUUAUUUCACUUUGAACAAGAAGACUGGAAUGAUUAGUACAAAUGGGAUGUUGGAUAGGGAGGUGACAGGGAACCAAGUGAACUUGACUGUGUGCGCUGUCAACACUCAGUCUGCCAGUCCUGCAGUCACAGUGGAAGUGGUUAUGAUCUCUAUUCUGGAUGACAAUGACACCCCUCCCCAGUUUACCAAUACCUCAUUUGUUAAGAGUGUGGGAGAGGACCUGCCCGUGGGGUCAGAGAUCCUGCGAAUCACAGUUACUGACCCUGAUACCACACCAGGGACACAGAUUCUGAGAAUUGCCAGUGGUAACCAUGGAAACUAUGCCCUGAACAGUCAGACAGGGGCACUGACCAUAGCCAAGAGACUGGACAGAGAAGUUCGUUCUGUCGACAGACUAACCAUCGAAUCAUCUGACGGCACCAACAAAGCCGAGGCCACGGUGAAAGUCCUCAUCACCGACAUCAACGACAAUGCUCCAGUAUUCACUGAUGUCUUCUACUCUUUUGACAUCCCAGAGGACACGCCAGUGGGAACCACUGUGGCCCUGAUUGAAGCUGUGGAUGCGGAUGAAGGUCUGAAUGGAGAGGUGGUUUACAGUCUUGUCUCUGCUUGGGGACAGUCUAUCUUUCAUCUGGAUCCACAAAUGGGAACCAUCAGUCUUCUGAAGCCUGUAGAUUUUGAACAGAACCACCUGUAUACCCUGCUGGUGUUGGCCUCUGACAAAGGAAGCCCAAGUCAGUCCACCUCAGUGCUAGUGUACCUAAACAUCAAAGAUGUUAACGAUAAUGAGCCCCAGUUCAACCACCAGUCCUACAACGGAGAGGUACUGGAAGAUGCAACUGUUGGCACGAGUGUCCUGUCAGUACAAGCCACGGACGUAGACUCGGGAAUGAACAGUCGACUGAUGUACACAUUUUUGGAGGGAAACUCCUCCUCUGACUUCAGCAUAGGGACAGACAAUGGAACAGUAUACAUUGUCAGAAAUCUAGAUCGGGAGACCCAGUCGCAGUACUCUCUUAUUGUCAUAGCAAUGGACCUAGCUGAGCCUCCAAGUUCAAGGAAAAGUACUACUGCAGAGGUGAUUAUCACCGUCAGAGACGUCAAUGACAACUCCCCAGAGUUUGUGACCCCCUCUCAGAUCUGGGUGAAGGAGAAUGCCACUGUGAACUCUGUGGUUUACACUGUGAGAGCAAUGGAUGUAGAUGAGGGAGCAAAUGCUAUAGUGAUGUACAGUCUGGCAUCUCACCCUGUCUUCUCAAUAUCACCCUCCACAGGGGAAUUAAGUGUACUGAGUCCGCUGAACAGGGAACUAAUCCAGAAUUACACCCUCCACGUCACUGCCACUGAUCAGGGGACAGAGUCACGAUCCACCACCCAAAAUCUACAAAUCCUGGUAGAGGAUGUAAAUGACAACCCUCCUGUGCUUGUGCCCUCAGUUUACACCAAGACAGUCCAUGAAGAUGUUCAAAUUGGUACCACCCUGCUACAGGUGACAGCGACAGACUUGGAUGCUGGUUUGAAUGGUGUGGUAAGGUUCUUUGUUACCAGAGGGGACAGCAAUGCAGACUUUAGCAUGGACCCCAGUAGUGGAGUUCUCAGAGUGCAGAAAAACUUGGACUAUGAAAGAGUUAACAAAUACACUUUGACAGUUCAGGCUGAAGACAUGGGUGUAAAUCCUCGUUACUCUGUGGCUACUGUCACUGUCAUCAUCGAAGACGUCAACGAUUUCCAACCUGUGUUCCAGAAUUCGCCAUUUUAUGCUCUGGUAAGGGAGAACAUGGCUGCCUCUCCCCCAGUCUCUGUGAUAACAUUGUCUGCCCUGGACCUGGAUUCUGCUCCCAACAGUCAGCUGACUUACGCUUUACGAGAGGGAGAUAAGGGUGUGACAUCAGUCUUCCAGAUCAACUCAACCUCAGGGGAGAUAACUUGUAGUCAGACUCUUGACAGGGAGCAGGUGCCCCAGUACAAAGUCUUGGUGGUGGCCAUUGACUCUGGAAUUGAUCGGUUGACGGGAACUGGUACUGUACAUGUGGAGGUGGAGGACACCAACGACAAUACACCAAUGUUUGAUCGGAGUUCAGCCUAUGUUGGUCACAUCGAGGAGAAUCAAGAUGGUCCAGUGGACAUACUGACCGUUACUGCAACUGAUCAUGACAGUGGGGCCAAUGCUCAAAUCAGCUAUAGCCUGCUGGAUGACGUAGAUGGAAAAUUCGCAAUUAACACAACUAGUGGUAUACUAACUUCACGGAAACCUCUGGAUCGAGAAGACACUUCCUUGUACCAUCUCACAGUCGUAGCAAAAGACCAUGGAAAUUUGGUCAAUUCGGCAGAGGCCAACAUCACUGUCUAUGUUGAUGAUGUCAAUGAUAAUGUCCCCGAAUUUGAAAAACAGACACACAAUCAAACCCUGAAUAAUCCAACCUUAUCAGGUCAGUUUGUUGUUGGUGUGACAGCAGUUGAUAGGGAUGCUGGACUGAAUGGUAGAGUGACUUAUCGUCUGCAGGGAUCAGACUGUAACAGGUUUAGUCUUGAUGCUCAGAGAGGUAUCAUUACAACAGCAGAUACAUUGUCUGGAGUGGGAACCAAGUUUACGUGUACAAUUGAAGCCAAAGACCAGGGCUCUCCCCAGAAGACAUCUACCACAACUCUUCAAGUAGAGAUAUCCUCUGUCGAUGCAUCAAGCAUACCUAUCUUUAAUGCCUUUAGCAAUCCAGGACCUCUAAAUGAAGGAGCUCCACUGGACUAUGUGGUCACAACAGUGAUCGCUCAAUCUUCCUCUAACAAUGGUCCCAUCACUUACGCUAUCGCUGGAGGAAAUGUUGGCAGCACUUUUCAUAUUGAUGAAUCUCUUGGAGUCAUUCGUGUUGCAGGAGAGGUGGAUUAUGAAAUGACAACUAAUUUCCACUUGUGGAUUCAGGCAACAGAGAGGUCCAAUACAUUGCUCUCUGCAUACAAAGAACUGACCAUUACCAUUUCUGAUCAGAAUGAUAACACCCCAAGGUUCCAGGAGGGUGUUUACAUUACAUCUGCCAAAGAGAAUAUUCCAGAAUCCACUACCAUCUUCACUGUGAGUGCCACUGAUGCAGACAGUGGUGACAAUGGAAAAGUGGUUUAUGUCCUAGCUGGAGGAAAUGUCAACAACAUUCAAGACACAUUCUCGGUGGAUUCUAACUCAGGAGAAAUUAAAACUAGAGUGACGUUAGACAGGGAAACUCAAGAUUCAUAUAAUCUUAUCAUAGAAGCUCAUGAUUUGGGUUCCCCUCAGAAGACUGGUACCACCACUGUUAGGGUAAUACUGAUUGACGUCAACGACAAUUCCCCGAUAUUCUCCACCAUUUUCUCUGUGAACAUUCCAGAGGAUCUUCCUGUCAACAGCUUUGUUAUUCAAGUGACAUCCACAGAUGCAGACAUUGGGUCCAAUGCCAAGGCACAUUACAGUAUAGAUCAUUCCUCAAGUCAGGCCUCAAUGUUCAGCAUUGAUGCUGACUCUGGUAACAUUACACUGAAGUCUCGCAUUGACAGAGAAGCAAUGUCCAGCCAGAGGAUAACUGUUCCUCUGAUUGUUGACGAUGGAUCCUAUUCUACCCGUGGAUCUUUGCAUGUUUUCGUCACUGAUGUCAAUGACAAUGCACCUCAGAUUCAGCCUCCAGUUACUUUCAAUUUCUUGGAGCUUCAGCCAGGUGGCUCAACUGUUGGCACAAUAGUGGCGAUUGACCAAGAUGUUUCCACCCCAAACAAUCAGUUUUACUUCUCCUUCAAAUUGCCAUCGUCAGAAUUUUCUAUAAACGACAAGACUGGAGUGAUCUCUUCUAAAGAGGAACUUAAUUACAUUUACCACGAAAACUUCUUCAAUGCUCUGAACCAAAGAGAGCUGGUGGUCAUUGCUACAGACCUUGGGACACCAGCUAAGUCUUCAGAGGCCAUUAUCACUAUAGAAAUCAUAGAUGCCAAUGACCAUGCUCCAAAGUUUGAACAAAACCUGUAUUUUUCUGCAGUCCCCGAGAGUGCUCCCCAGGGAGAAAGGAUACUGACUGUGGUGGCCAAAGAUGAAGAAGACGUUGGACAGAAUGCUGAAGUAGAGUACUUCAUCGAGAGUGGAAAUGGAUCAAGUUACUUCUUCAUCAACAAAACUACAGGCUUAAUUACUGUGGCCCAGGUGUUGAGUGGCAGAAUAAAUCAAGACUUCACCAUCACCAUUAGAGCAGAAGACCGAGGAUUACCCCCCAAAUCUAACACAGUUCCAGUUCAUUUGUCCAUCACUGCAAGCAACAGCUUCCCUCCAGUUUUUGAUAUGACAGUUCUCUCCUACUCUGUCUCAGAAGAUGCUCCAAUUGGUCAGAGUGUUGCUAGAGUAACAGCCACUGAUCGAGAUGGUCCUGGUCCCAAUGGGAAAGUAUCGUAUUAUAUAGUUGGUGGAAACACAGCUGGACUAUUCCAAAUCAACUCAGAAAAUGGUGCAAUUUCUGUUGCUCAAGCCUUAGAUUAUGAUUUUGUACAAAUUCAUCUGCUGACUGUUGCAGCUAGAGAUUCUGGACUGCAUUAUCGUGAAGCAACAGUUAUUCUGAAUGUACAAUUGAUUGAUGUAAAUGACAAUCCUCCUUUGUUCACACAAUCCCAUUUUGAGGGUUACAUUCCGGAAAAUUCACCAUCCGACUCCAGCAUCAUCAGAGUCCUGGCUAAGGAUGCAGAUACAGGGGAAAAUGCUCGCAUUGAAUACUACAUCAGUGAUUCUGAAAGUGACCAGCUUGUUCUCCAAUUGUUUAGAAUUGACAAACAGACUGGAAUACUUAUGACCAAAGGAAAUUUGGAUUAUGAAACUCAAACCAAAUUUUCAAUGGUUGUCAUUGCCAGGAAUCCAAAUAAUGUGAACAUGAGAAAUACAACUUUAGUUACUGUAUAUGUUACCAGUGUGAAUGAGUUUUACCCAGAAUUUGUUCAGAAGACAUAUGCAUUUUCUACCAAAGAAUCAGCUGCAAAUGGAAGUGUUAUUGGCAAAGUAAGGGCCACUGACCGUGACAAAGGAAUAGAUGGAGUUGUGUAUUUCUAUCUCAUUGGUGCCAGCAAUGGGAAGGGAUUCAAUGUCAACUACAAAACGGGGGACAUAUUUGUUUCUGGUAAACCUGACUAUGAAAGCUCUCCACAUGUGGUUCUGAAAGUUUUGGCCAAAAAUUGGGAAAGUGUGAAAGGCAAUGACACAGAUACAUGCACAGUGACCAUCUCAGUGGAAGACGCCAACGAUGCACCUGUCUUCACGCAGACUCUGUAUCUUGCCAAUAUUCUGGAGAAUGCUGCAGGGGGAGUCAGCAUCACUACUGUAACUGCCGUUGACAAUGACAACAUUCCAGAAGACAGACAGUUCAGCUACAGAAUUCUCUCUGGAAAUGAGGGUGAAGAAUUCUCCGUUGAUCCCACCACUGGUCGCAUCCACACCACAGGGAGAGGAAACUUGGACAGAGAAACCAAUCCUACUCGCUCCAUUGUGGUGGCAGCUAUUGAUCGGGGAACACCACCAGCUACAGGAUCUACAACAGUACGAAUAAGACUGAUGGAUGAGAAUGACAAUUCUCCUUACUUCUCGCCAGCGGAUCUGACAGGAUAUGUCAUGGAAAACUUGCCGGCAGGAACCAGUGUGAUAAGCCUAUCCACAAACACUUCAGAUUGGGACUUGGACCUCCCGGGACAGCCGGGAAAUCAAGGUCCCUACAGUUACGAAAUAUCUCCUGGUAGCCAUUAUGAUUACUUCAGCAUCACUUCUGAUGGACAGGUGCGUACCAAACAGGCUCUUGACAGAGAGGCACGACAAGAGUAUGAUGUCAUAGUGGUUGUCAGGGAUGCAGGAAUACCCACUCAGACGGCAACCUUGACAUUCAAAGUCAUUAUCCAGGAUGAAAAUGAUACUCCUCCACAAGCCAGAAAUAUGGAUAUCCAGAUUGGUGUUUUUGAGACCACCCUGCCCACAGCUCCAGUGGCAAAUGUUCGACCACUGGAUGCAGACACCAUUGGAACAUACACUUGCAUUGUGACCGAUGACUAUUAUGCAAUUAUCAAAGGAUCAGGAUGCAACUUAACUCUAAGGAACUUCCAUACACCACUAUCCCGAACAUUGAAUGUUCAAGGCUCUGAUGGAAAUUUAAUGGUGUCGUAUGAAGUUGUAUCAACAUUGGUGUAUUUCAAUAAUGUGACAUUGGAUAAUGUUGUUAUAAUUUAUGUUGAUGGACUUGAAAAUGCGGACUUUGUGAAAAAUAAGUUGAGUAAGUUUCGAAGUGCUGUUGCCAACUUAUUCAGUAGUGAGGAUAAAGUUACCAUUUUAAAUGUGGACUCGAAAGAUACAGGGACUUUGGUAUAUGUCAGUGUCAUAAAAGCCUCUGGAGUGGUAGUCCGGUAUGACAUUUUGAAACAACAGUUAAAUUCAAACAAACAAGCAAUUGCAAGUGUUAUUUUUGAAAGUAUGGUAAAUCCAGAAAAUAGAAUCCAGAUUGGGUACACAGUCUGUGAAAUGUCCACUUGUAAUUCUGGAACAUGCUUGAAUCGAAUUGUUGUUGGGUCGGGAAUGCACACUGUGGACUCUCCCUCUUUCAUCCUGUCGACCCCAGCCAUGGUGCCCGAUUUCUACUGCAGCUGUCCCUCGCAGUACACCGGCAGACAUUGUGAGGUGCCUGUACAACCAUGCGGAAGUGGUUUCUGUAGCAAUGGUGGAUAUUGUCAGGGUGGAGUAUGUCAGUGCACAGAAGGAUGGUUUGGACAGAACUGCACACAAGACAAGAAUGAGUGUUUGGAUGCUCCGUGUAAUAAUGGGGGUACAUGCGACAACUCCCCUGGGUCCUAUACAUGUCGAUGUCCAGAUGGAUUCACUGGUCAGCAUUGUGAAACGGGAUCCAAUCACUGUGCAUCCUAUCCUUGUGAAAAUGGUGGCCAGUGCAAGAAUAAACUAGACGGAUUCCAUUGUGAGUGUCCAUAUGAGUACUGGGGUAAACGGUGUCAGUACACAUCCAAAGGCUUCUCAGAACUCUCUUACAUGGAGUUCAACUCCAUUGAUCAGAACCUGAAAGACAUUGACCUUGACUUGACCUUCUCCACCAUCAGAUCAAAGGGUCUUCUACUGUACAACCCCAGCAACACUGGAAAAUUCAUAGCUCUAGAAAUUGUAAGUGGAAAUGUGAGAUUUUCUUUCAACUUUGGAGAUGCAAAGGCAACGAUCCUUACUGUACCCAAGAAUGUGUCCACCAAAGGUGAAUGGUUCAGGGUUCAAGUCCAGAGAAGGUUGGCGGUUGCUGAAUUGAGGGUGACCCACUGUCCUGGUUCCAGUGAGGAAUGUGUCAUCUGUCAGAAUGGAGACAGCACCUGUUAUAGCAAGGGCAGCCAAUCUAAUAACUAUCUGGACUUAGAUGGACUCCCUAUGUACAUUGGAGGUGUCAAAGAUAUUAAAACCAUUCAGAGUCGUCCUGGACAGGUCAAUUCUCAUGAUUUCAUUGGGUGUAUCAGAGAAUUCAAAGUUAACAAUGUGGAUCAUCUCACUCAGCCUUCAAAUAGCCACGAAAACAUUUUGGAUAAGUGUCCAAGUUCCAUUGGACACUGCAGUGGGGACAGAUGUAACAAUGGGGGACGGUGCGUGGAGGAAUGGGACGGGUUUUCCUGUCACUGUAUUGGAGGAUUCUCUGGAGUCUCCUGUGAAAUAGCUCCUGGACCACUCGGAUUUGGAUCCAACUCCCGUGUGAAUUUUGUUCAGAAGGAGUCCUUCAGGAGAGACCAGAUAGUCAGUCAAUCAAAUUCUAGAAAGCGGAGGGCCAUUGACACAUCUUCCAUCAUGAUUAGGUACCGUACCACUGCUCCUCAGGAACCCCUGCUGAUAGUGACCACUGCUGACAAUCAAGGACUUCUCUGGGUUGGUUCUGGAAAGUUAGUUUACACCUUUGGCUCUACCUCAGUUGUGCUGAAUGAUGGAGGUGUACAUGAUGGAGAAUGGCAUAAUACUACUGUAUCAAUCACUGGAGACCAAGUCACAUUGACAAUGGAUGACAAGACACAGCAACAGACCCUGAAUGGGGUGGUGAAGUUCUCAGAUGUUAGGAUCACCAAAAUGGUCCUAGGUUCCAGCGAGGCACCCAUCAAUGUGGACAACAGCAAAGUUCAAGCUUUCUCGGGCUGUAUUUCGAUGUUUCAAAUGAAUGGAUUAUCCGUUCCACUGAAUGGGUCGACGGACCGUUUCAUAAUUACACCAACAGAAAGUGUGGAAUCCGGAUGCUCUGCUCUGUGUGCUGGAAAUCCAUGUGGAGGAGGUGCUUGUUCCGUCAUCAUGGAAACUCGUGUGUGUGCAGCUGUUAAAGAACAGCCUGAGAGCCUUAGCAUUGGCAUAAUUGUUGUGAUUGCUUUCUUUGGAGUUCUUUUAAUUGUGAUUGCCAUUGUGUUUGUGUUAUUCCGUAUGCGCCGUCAAAGGAAAGAUCCCAAAAAUCAAACCACACCCAGAGAAAAUGGCCAUGCGAACAAAGGUUUUAACAAUAGCCCACCUAGUUAUCAAGAUUCUGGAUACGGAGAACAAGACUACAACAGACAAAAUAACCUUAACAUAAACUACACUCCAAAUGGACUGCACAGGCCUGAUCUUAUCAACUCUGAUCCAACUCAACGAAAGCCUUACGAGAUAGAUGAUGGCACUGUAAUUAUUGACAAUGGGGAUGUGAACAUGAACCAGUUAAAUGAUAUGCCAGAGCACUACGAUCUUGAUAACGCUAGCAGUAUAGCACCAUCAGACAUCGAUGUUCACACACAUUAUAGAGGCUACCGAACCGGCUACUAUCCGGAUCGAUCUCGAGAGCGUCCAAAUAAACACCACAGGGAGAGUCCGGCUGGUGGUUACAAGUCCCGUGAAAGUCCGGGACCUGGCGCACUCAAACUACAGACAUCAGGGCGACUACGUAGUAGUCCUGCCAAUAACUUAGGAGUACCACAGAUUCCUAGUCAUUCAGCUAGGAGUAGUCCUGCUAAUGUAGCAAUCCGCAAUAGUCCCAUCAAUCAACUUUCACGUCAAAGCCCGCAAGUUCGGGCCAGUCCAUUGACUCAUUCUAAUGUGGUAGGAACACCGGUGUCAAAUAUUCAUCAUAAUAGAACAGAAUCAGAACAAAGUCUUGCCAGUCAUCAUAGUAAAAGUUCCACCAGUUCUUCAGUUCCAAGAGCUGUGAUGCCAAAUGGACACGUCAAGUCCAGCAGGCACAAAUAUUAUGAUCCUCAUUCUCGUCAGGUCAAAGGGCUCACGGUAGAGGAGAUUGAUAAACUGAAUGCCCGUCCACGCCGGCCCAGCCCUGUCAGUAUGUUGGAAGCCGUGUCGUCAUCAGAGGAGGGUCGUCACAUAGCUAAUAUACGAAUGAGCACAAUAAACAGUGAUGUGGUGCUGGUACCACCCGAGUCAAGCUCAGAGGAUAGUGCUAAUGACUCAUUCACAUGCUCAGAGUUUGAGUAUGAAAAUGAGAAAACUAAAAAUGAAUUUGACUCAAAUGCAAUGAUAUUUUCCAAAGUGUCGGAAGUAGAAAAUGAACAGGAGGACUCCGGUCAUCAAAACAGGACAUCCCAGUCAGAUGGUCUGGAUUCAAACGGAGGUUCCUUUGCCAGCACAGUGGGGUCAUCUGAGGAAGGGCCCCAUACUGACCAAAAACUACUCAAUGGUCAUUUUGCCUGGGAUUACCUCAUGAACUGGGGUCCCAGCUAUGAAAAACUUGUAGGUGUGUUCAAAGAUAUUGCAUCAUUGCCUGAUGGAGAGACAAGUGAGAGUCAUGAAGUGCAAGUCGCAGCAGAUUGUGAGGAGUACGUGUGAUUAUCUGUGUGUUAGUAUGUGUGAAAACUUACCUCCUAAUGCAACAUUCCUUUAUAUUUAUUGCAGCAAUUAUUAAAUAUGCAAUUGUACAGUUUAUGGACAUUUAUAUGAAUUUGUAAAUAUGCUGCAUGAUUGAAUCAAAGGUGUACAAAGUGUUUUUAUUAUUAUUCAUAUUUAAGUUUAUAUUUUUUGUAUGGUGCAAAUUUUUGUUUUAGAAAUGUGUCUGUGUGUGAAAUGUCUGUAUAGAACUUCAUAAAAUAAGAUUAAUCCACAAAGUUUGUCUCAAGUUUAUCACUAAUUCUGUAAGUCCCAAAACGGUGUCUUAAAAAAAAUGCAAUAUCACUCCUGUUCACCAAAGUCCAUACCCCAAACAUUCCCAAGAGUUUCUGAGACGGAAUACAACAUGCAAGUAUAUUUUUGUAAGUAUUACACGUCAACCAAGUUGAUACCAUUGACUGAUGAUUAUGCAUUUAUAUUUUAUAAUUAACAUUUUCUACUUAACUUUUGUCCAGUCCCGUAGAAGAUGAGUGAUUUUAUCUAACUAUAUUGCUUUGAUGGCAGUUUAGGUGAAAACCUCAUUUAUAAAAGCAUUUAUUUUUAUACUUUGUGAUGUUACAUUUUGAACGCAGGUUUAUCUUUGAAAUUUUUUAUUAAUUGUCCAAAGAGUACAUUUAUAAAGCUUUCUUUUAAUAUAAAAACAAUAAAAGCAUGGUACGCCAAAUAAUCUUGGAAUUGUCAUGAACAUGUGUACAUUGUUUUCUAUAACUCAGUCAUUGCAAUAGCUCAGAUAACCAAUACUAGAUGCAAAACAUGUCAAUAAUAGAUCUGUUUUAACUGUGAAAUAAGUUUCACGUUUUAUACUCAUAAUAAACAUAUGCUAAUGACA